GUCUCCUCAGAUCUCCAGGCUCGUCAUGGCGUCGCUGCCGCCGGGCAAUGACACCUACAGCCGCGCGUCCGCGUGCAUGGGAAUCCACCAGUCCCGUGUCGCGUCUCCUGUGUUGUCGCUCUGACCGGUAGAUGUUAACAGAUGAGACCAUGAUGGAGGACGAGGACAUUCCGGCGGUGCUGCCGACCAGCAGCCCGAAAGAACCCGAGAACGGAGGAGACGUCGGGGAUAAUAACGGGAGGACUCGCGGAGAUGAACCCCAGCCCGACGCGGUGGUCCUCCAAGAGGGGCUGCAGCCCACUGCGGCUCGGAGCGACCGGGACGGCUCAUGUGGAGCCCAUGUUUCUACGGAGAUCCGCGUUCUGAAGCGUAACAUGAGGCGGAUGGGGAGCCGGGGCUGCGCGAGCCGGAAGACCCGGUUCGGAUCGCGGGAGCGGGACUGGCUGAAGGGCGACACGCAGCGGGGCUGUGUGUGUCUGUACGGGGGGGCGGCGGCGGACCCCCAGCCGGCCGGCCCCGGGCCCCCGGCCCCCUCCGGGCCCCAGGCCGACCUGCAGAUGGUGCUCUGCUCCACCAGCACCACGGUGGAGGAGCUGCUGGCCCAGAGGGACGGAGAGGCGCUCUACGUCCAGCUCCACGGGGACCUGCUGAGGCGUCUGGGCCCCUCCGAGCGGCCCCUCCAGAUGGUGUUCGACUACCUUUCGGCGCUGGGCUUCAGGGAGCCGGCCCGCGUGCAGCAGGAGGCCAACAACUCAGACCUCAGCUGUAUGAUCCGCUUCUACAGCGAGCGGCCGGUGAACGUGGACCAGCGAGACCGCGCCCUGUUGAGGGGCGUGUUCAGCGUGCGGAAGGGGAAGACCCAGCUGCACAAGUGGGCGGAGCGACAGGUCAUCCUCUGUGGCACCUGUCUGACGGUGGCCUCGGUCAAAGACCGCGAGGAGGGGAAGAUGCACAUCCUGCCUCUGGUCGGGGGGAAGGUGGAGGAGGUGAGGAGGAGGCAGCACUGUCUGAUGUUCAGCUCCGCUGGGCCCCAGGCCCAGACCUACUUCGUCAACUUCGACUCCCUGGCAGACUACCAGCGGUGGCACCGCCAGGCGUCCAAAGUGGUCUCCCAGACAGUGUGCUUGGUGGACCUCUCCUGCUACAACCUGGAGGCAGUGCCGGAGUACCUGUUCUACAGCCAGGACAUCACACACCUCAACCUGAGACACAACUUCAUGACCCCCCAGGGGCCGGGGGGACUGCUCAACCUGCCCAGGUUCUCCCAGCUGAAGAGCCUGAACCUGUCCCACAACCGCCUGGGCAUGUUCCCCGAGGUGGUCUGUGAGAUCCUCACCCUCACAGAGCUCAACCUCUCCUGCAACGGCCUGAAGGCCGUCUCUGAGCAGAUAGCAAACCUGCAGAGCCUACAGACUCUCUCUCUGGAGGGGAACGACCUGAGCUCCCUGCCGGAGGAGCUUGGAGGCCUGUCCCAGCUGAGCAGCCUGGGCCUUUCCUUCAACGACUUCCCCCAGAUCCCUGCGGUGCUGCGGGGGCUCAGCGGGCUGGAGAGGCUGGGCAUGGCGGGGAACCGAGUGGAGCGCCUGGAGCUCUGUGUUCUGGCCUCCAUGAUCCGUGUGAAGACUGUGGACCUGCGUCUGAACGGGCUGCGCUGGGUGACCAGCGAGAGCCCCGAGGUCAUAGGUCACGUGACCCAGCUGGACCUGAGGGACAACGGCCUGGCCUCGCUGGACCUGAGCCCCCUCGGCAGCCUGGAGACGCUGCACUGCCAGCGGAACCGCCUGCAGACGCUCACCCUGAGCGGGCUCGGCCUGCGGACGCUGCAGGCCGCCAGCAACCGCCUCAACAUGGUCAACAUCUAUCCUGUCCCCAACGAGCUGACCGACUUGGACCUAUCACGGAACCAGUUGGAGUACCUUCCGGACUGGGUGUGUGACAGCAGGAAGAUGGAGGUGCUGGACCUCGCCCACAACGCGCUGACAGAACUCCCGUCCAGGUUACUGAACAGCAUGAGUCUGAGGAGGCUGCUGGCGGGGAACAACCUCCUGCAGGCGCUCCCUGAGCUGCUGGACCACGUCCCCCUGGAGGCGCUGGACCUCCAGCACAACCGGCUCAGCAGGCUGCCCCACAGCCUCUUCUGCAAGGCCCUGAACUUGAAAUACCUAAACGUGUCAGCCAAUACGCUGGAGACGAUCCCCCCCAGCAGCCAAUCAGAGGAGAGCCUCAGCACGCUCCAGGAGUUGUACCUGACAGGAAACAACCUGAGCGAGAGCGUGGGGGGACUGCUGGUGGGCCACCCGCGUCUCCGGGUCCUCCACCUCGCCUACAACCAGCUGCUCUCCUUCCCCGCCAGUAAGCUGAGCAGGCUGGAGCAGCUGGAGGAGCUGAACCUGAGCGGGAACCGUCUGAGGAGCAUCCCUUCCACCGUGGCCCGCUGCCCCAGGCUGCACACGCUGGUCGCCCAUAGCAACCUCCUCAGCACCUUCCCCGAGAUCCUCAGCCUGCCCGAGAUCAAGUACGUGGACCUGAGUGGUAACGAGCUGAGUGAGGUGGUGUUGUCCGACCCGCUGCCCCCCUCCCUCCAGGAGCUGGACCUGACGGGGAACAGCAGCCUGGUCCUGGAGCCCAAGACCCUCAACCUCUUCAGCCACAUCACCACCCUGAAGCUGGACCAGAGGGCCGCGGGGGGGGCCGGGGGGGCCCCCGCCCUGUGGAGCCACGGCUACUCAGAGACCAGCGGCCAGAGGAACAAGCUGUGUGUGUCCGUUCUCGCCAUGGACCGCUUCGGAGACGGGCUGGGCGCGGUUUACGGCCUCUUCGACGGCGACCGCAACGAGGAGGUGCCCCGCCUGCUGCAGUGCACCAUGGGAGACGUGCUGUCGGAGGAGCUGCAGCACUCCAGCGUGGACCGCGUGUACAUGAGCAACACCUUCCUCACCUCGCACAGGAAGCUGGGCAUGGCGGGCCAGAAGCUGGGGGCCUCCGCCCUGCUCUGUUACAUCCACCGGGAGCCCUCGGACCCCGGGGGGGGGCACCUGCGGCUGACCGUGGCCAACGUGGGCAGCUGCCAGGCCGUGCUGUGCCGCGACGGCCGGCCCCUAGUCCUCUCCAAGGUCCUCACGUUGGAGAGCUGCCCCGAGGAGAUGGAGAGGGUGAAGAACGGCAAGUCCAUCAUCACUGAGGACAACAAGGUGAGCGGGGUGACGGGCUGCUCCCGCCUGCUGGGCUGCUCCUACCUCUCCCCCUGGGUGCUGCCGGACCCCUGGGUGCACACCGAGCGCCUCUGCUCCCAGGACCGCUUCCUCAUCCUGGGCAACCGCGCGCUGUUCCAGAGGGUCUCGCCCCGGGAGGCGGUCCGCACGGCGCAGACCGCCGCGGACCCCGCCGCCGCCGCCAGGAAGCUGUGCUCGCUGGCGCAGAGCUACGGCUGCCGGGACAACUUGGGGGCGCUGGUGGUGGCGCUGAACCUCGGGGAGGACAGCUGCACCUGCUGCCGCCCGCACCCCCCCGCCGCCGACGGGGGCGCCGCCCGGGCCCGCCCGCCCCUCACCCCGGCGGCGGCGGCGGGCGGCGUCUCAGAGCCUCGGACCUCGGAAGCCGUGCAGCGAGGCGGGCCCCCAGGGAGCCGCCUCCGCCCGGGUCCCCCUACCGCGCGGCCGGAGAGGCUCUGCAGCCUGCACCCGGCCCCCCCCACAGGGCUGUUCCAGCGCCAGCCCCCCUCCAGCGCGGCGCUCUUCCCCGGGGGGCUCUCGGACAACGGGCUGGACAGCGACGACGAGGGGCCGCUGGACGGGGUGACCUCCAACGGCCGCCGGCUGGAGGUGGAGGCGGACAUCCACUGCUGCGCCUUCCAGCUGCGGCCGGGGACCGCGGAGCGCUCCGCCCAGCGGGGGAAGGUGCGGCGGCAGAACAGCGUGGUGGUGUCGGCAACCAACGGCUGCCUGCUGGCCGUGUGCGGCCGGGGGGGGGCCGGCCUGAGGAAGUCCCCCUCCGCCUCCAGCCUGGGGGCCAAGAAGCUGCCCAACGGCUCGGUGGUGGCCCCCCAGGACAGCCACAACCUCAUCGAGGUGGCCCUGGAGGCCCCCAGGAAGAAGUCGGGCUACUUCACCGCCCCGGCCCAGCCGGACCCCGAGGACCAGCUGGUGGUGCCCCCGGGCCUGGAGCAGGCGGUGCGCGAGCAGCUGAGGGCCCAGGGCUCUGUGGUGCCGGGGGCCCCGGGCCCCUCCACGGCCCCCGCCGCCAGGGACCCGGUCUGGGACCCCCCCCACGCCCGGGCCCCCGGCCUGGUCCCGCUGGCCGGCCCCGCUCGGCAGGAGGUGUACGACACGGCGCUCUAGAGGGACGGUCCCACAGCCCCCUCUAGCGGCCGCCGGGGGGACUGCAGGGCAGAGGAGCGUCUGCUGGGAGCUCGACUCACAACGGCAGCGGCGACAGGAAAUAGGUUAAAGAACUAGAACGUGUUGAAGUGGCGUCCAUCACUUUUCUUGAAGGUCCAUUGUGGAAAGAAGGCUGGCUAUAUUAUAUAUAUAGAGAGAGUGGGACAUCCUUACAGGACACGUUCGACUCUUGGGUACAUUGAUCAAACAUAGCAAAAAAUAUCAGCAACAUUUCCCUUUACUUGUAAAGUAAGUUUAUGGCGCGUGAACAAAACACACGUUGUUGUCCUGGAACGUCCUUCCCCAAGGGACGCAGGACCGGAGAGGAGAGGAUAAAGUGCCUACCGCAGAGGCUCAAAAGCGUUACAUGGCUGGUCCAACACUGGACUUUGUUCUCCAGAGCUUCCCGCCUCAUCUUGUGGCAGCAGAGGAACGAUGGUCUGACUGUAUACUGGUCGACACACACCAGGUACAGCAGUGAGGGUCAGACAGAAGAGCCCUUAAAGCCUUGCUGGGGGUUUCUGGUCUCUCAGUUCUGCAAAGUAACUCUUCACCUGAUAAUCAGAAUUAGAAUUAUUUUAUUGGCAAGGAAAUUUGCACGAGAGAGUGACUGGGUGAGGUUGACAUACGAGAGAGUAUAUGGGUGCGGUUGGUGGAUGGAACACUUAGAACAACACGAUGCAACGGAAGGUUUUAACCAGAACAUGAAUAGGUAAAACUAAAUAUUAAGUUAAAAUAAUUGCACACAUUGGUUGAUCAGAAACAUUUACAAAUGCAAAAGUGUAAAAAAUUAACCAAUUCAUCAAAUAACAGAAAUAGAAGAAUAAAUAGCUUGUUAUUUGUAAAAGUCAAGUCAUCUGUAAUGACAAAAGGUGCCAGAGAUGGUUUCAGCAUUCAGCUCUGAAUCAAAUAAUCCAGUUUGGAGUUUCAAUCAAGCAGCCAAAACACAG